AGACAACUUAGAGAGAGAGAGAGAGAGCCUUGAGCUUGAAGAACAAGUAGUAGUAGUAGUAAAUCACCAAUGUUUUCUCUGCAUCUCAACUAAUCACCCAAAAAUGUCUUCUUGGCUCUCGUUCUCUCUCCCUAACCCUUUCCAAUCCGACAAUCAAAACCCCUUGUCCCCACCGGAAGACACUAAACCUCUCUCACCCAAUCACAACCCACCUCCUCACUCCUCCGGCGUGAAGGACGACCUCUCCGUCCUCUCCCAAACCCUCACCCACCACCUCCGCGGCGUCGCCGCCUUCCUCGCACCCCCUCCUCCCUCACAUUCCACCACCGCCGCCUCAGAUGAUGAAAAGGUGUCGUCUUCGCAAACGAUUCUCGGAAUUAAAAGCGAUUUAGUUGAAAUUGGGGGUAGUUUCAAGACGGGUAUUUCGGUCCUGUCUUCGAAUAAGGCUGUGUCUGAGAUCUCUCGGUUCGCUUCCAGCUUUUUACCGUUCCAAAAUGCAGGCGAUGAGGCUGAAAGCGACGAAGACGAUGACAUGGUUGGAAUUGCUGAUGAAGUUGUGGACUUUGUAAUGCAAAUUUCAUUGCGGCCUGAGUGUUGGACCGAUUUCCCUUUGUCACUACCCAAUGAUUUUAGUAUGUCCAACGUUCAGAGAGAUCAUGCUGCAACUAUCGAACAUUUGGUGCCUAGUCUUGCAGCUUUGAGGCAUAAACUUUGCAAUGACUUGAGUGAUGAACAAUUUUGGAUGGUCUACUUUAUUUUGUUGCUUCCUAGGUUGAAUGAGAAUGAUUCUAAGCUCCUAGCAACUCCAGAGAUUGUUGAAGCAAGGGAGACACUUUUGCAGAAGUUGCUAAACAAGAAGAACGCAGUGAUGAAAGCUUCUGAGAACUCCGAGGCUGUUAAUACGUUUCCAGAUGGUGGUAUAAUUUAUAGCACACAAGAAGAUGAGUGCCCAUCUCAGCAAAAGGACGUUUUAGCUGAGGUUGUCAAUGCAUUACAGGAGACAGAGAUUGAUGACCAUGGGAAUACUGAGCAGUGGUUAGAAGAUGAAGAUGUUGAAACUUGCACAUCGGUAGAUGCUCGGAAACUGCCUGCAAGUGAGGAUGAUGUCUCAUUUAGUGAUUUGGAAGAUGAUGAUAACGAUUUUUCAGGGAAACUCUCAAGUUUCAGGCCUGCACAGAGUAAUAAGGCUUCUUCACCUGGUGAAUGGGUUCAACUCAGGGACGCUCAAGGUGGUUUGCAGAAGGCUGGCCAAUCAAGUUCCCAAGAGAGAGAUUCUGAAGGAGAGGAGUCAAAUGAUUGGCUCACUAUCGAUAAUGUAGAUUCGGACAGUUAUGCUACUGUUUGA